CCUUCACGUUGCUCUGCUAGCGCAGAGCCAUUUAUACUAAGCUAACGGUUUAGCACUGCUGACCUCCGUCUUUACGGGGUUUAUUUCCCGGGCUAGUUGUUGUACGACAGUUAGCUUCAAGAUGGCUUUGUUGACGCCAUUGUUCGCUUUUCUGUACCAUCUACCGCAGGUGUACAAGUGGCUGCUGAAGCCAUAUUAUGUAGCAUCUCUCUUCAUGUCUAUAGCGUUUCUAGCUGUCCGCAAGACGCCCGGCAUCUGUGACCGUCUGGCCACACAGCGAGAAGACGGCAACUCCUGCGACUUCGACUGGAGAGAGGUGGAGAUCCUCAUGUUCCUCAGUGCCAUCGUGAUGAUGAAGAACCGCCGGGCGAUAACUGUGGAGCAACAUGUGGGCAACAUCAUCCUGUUCAGCAAAGUGGCCAAUGUGAUCCUGUUCUUCAGACUGGACAUCAGGAUGGGGCUGCUCUACCUGACGCUCUGCAUAGUGUUCUUGAUGACCUGUAAGCCUCCUCUGUACAUGGGACCCGAGUACAUCAAAUACUUCAGUGACAAAACUAUUGAUGAUGAACUGGCGAGAGACGGUCGUGUGACGUGGAUCGUCGAGUUUUUUGCCAACUGGUCUCCAGAGUGCCAGUCCUUCGCUUCGGUGUACGCUGAUCUCUCGCUCAAGUACAACUGUGCUGGCCUGAAGUUUGGCAAAGUGGACAUCGGACGCUAUGGAGAGGUUUCCAAAAAGUACAAGGUGUCAGCAUCUCCACUCUCCAAGCAGCUUCCAUCAUUGGUGCUGUUCCAAGGAGGGAAGGAAGUAAUGCGGCGCCCUCAGGUGGACAAGAAGGGCAGGGCUGUGUCAUGGAGCUUCACUGAGGAGAACAUCAUCCGAGAGUUCAACCUGAACGAACUCUACCAGCAAUCCAAGAAGCUCACCAAGACCAGAGGAGACAAGGUCAGCCAAUCCCAGUUCCCCCCAGUGCCCGAGGAGGAGGAGCCAGAGCAGCAGGGCGUUGAAGCCCAGGGGGUGGAGUCUGAAUCCAAGAAGGACAAAUAGGACCAUUUGUAUUACUCACACUGGACUUGUUAAUGGAAUCUGUGGGUCCACUGUGGGUCAGCUAGCUCCUCCCCCACCUUUGUCUUCAUGCUCCUCUUCAGAGUUCUGUUUGUUUACUUGUGAAUCAGGCCCCGCCCCUUUCCCUGAAUCUCCCUAACAUGUAAUUUAGCAGAGUAUCAAAGCAAACUGCAGUAAAGCAUCCCCGUUCCCUUUGUGUGAGGAGAACCUGAGGCCACUCUUUGGUGGAGGAGCUCGGCUGGUGGGGGCUGAUGAUGGAGGCGUCGACACGGGAGCAGAACGUGUUUCAGUUUUAUGUACUAAUGACUUAUUUUAAUCUUUAAUAAUUUAAAUGCAGUUAGUUACUGAUGUGGAGCAUUUAGCAGCUUCGUCGCACAUUCCACCAGCUUCUGUUGUUUCCUUCUUUGAGUGUUUUUACCUGCUGACCAUGACUGUGUGCAGCUCCCAGCUGUUUCUUUCUUUGGACACGUUACAGGCCCUGACCGGCAGCACUUAGCAGUCAGGUUGAUUUACAGUAGCGGUGAUUCAGUGAUCCUGCGCUUCCCCCCAGUUUCAUCUGGUCUCCAGUCUGCUGUGUGUGACCAGUGUUCUGCAGUUGCCUUUAACAGCUGGUGUAAAACGUCACAGUUCAGGUGUAACUCCCCACCUGACGAGCCCACCUUUGUUUUUAGUUUGACUUCGUAAAACUCUGAAUGCAAAGGACUUUUUUCUUAAACUUGACUAAAUGCAUGUGUAAGUUUACAUUUUAAUCUAAUAGACUAAAUAUAAAUCCAAUAAUUGCUGACUUGGGAUCAGUGAAGUAGUCCCAGGCUUCUCGGCUGUGCUUGGUUCCCGUUUGUGCAGAAACCUGAAAAUGAGGCGUUGAUAUUGAACUGCAGUAACCCCCUAGGAACCAUGCAGCAGUGUGGCAGCACUGUUUGCUGCUCCAACACCAGGCCACGGGGCGGUGCACACGAACAGCUCACUGCUGACCUGAGCAGCUGCUGUAGACUAGAAGUAGCUGACGAUUGAACCACUGCAAAGGAAGUAGCAGUGAGUUUGGGGUUCGUUCAACAGGAGUUUCUUUCUUCCUCCUUCAUCGUGGUAUUUGUGUGUAGCUGCCAUUGAAUGUAGGUUUAUAAACCCUGCUGUGUUUUAUCCACCCAUCAUUUCAUUUUACUUUCAAACAGAGAAGGCUUCGGUUUCUGCCUUAACGUGUAAUUGAUGACUUAAACAUUCUGAUAAACGAUAAAGAGCCAUGUGAUAAAUCUGUGGAGACCCUUAAAUACAUUUUCUUUUCUAAAAAAAGUAUAUCUAAUAAUAACAAUCCAAUAAUUGGGAUGCUCCAUGGAGGGGGAGUCACUGUUUGGUCAGUCUCAUCCAUGAGGAAACUGUGGAUUAUAUACUUGUCCACAAACUUCAUAUCUACGGGUCCCAGCCGGGGUGUUGAGCCCCGGGUUGAGAAACUGCACACAGUGACUAAGGCUACGUUCACACUGCAGGCGAAAGCGCAUCAAAUCUGAUUUUUUUGACCAUCUGCGACCCAUCUAUCCAAUCAUGGUGUGACAGUGUGAACGGCACAAAUCCGAUAUUUUCAAAUCCGAUCUGGGUCAUUUUCCUAUGUGGUGCUG